AUGACUGAAGACGCCCCGAAGCUCGAACACAAGGAUUCCUUCUUCGAGAAGAUCCUCGACCGCCACCACCACCAUGAUCACCACAAGCAUGGAAGCGAGAACCAGGCUACCAAGGACAAGCCUCACGGUGAAGACCAUGACCAUGCCGCCCAGGACAAACAUAAGGUCGGCGAGGACCAUGCCGCCCAGGACAAGCAUCACGCAAACGAGGGCGGGCUGCGUUCCCAGCUGAAGAAAGACGAGGAACGCCUCAAGAAAUACUUCACGAAGGAUGAGAAGCGCAGUGAAGAUGGGCAAACUUAUGGAGGCUUGAUGUAG